GAAAUUUUAAAAAUAGGGCAAAAAACCCGAAAAAAAAUUAAAAAUUUUUUUUAUCAAAAACUAUAAGUCCGGGAACUGAAAGCUUUGUUGAGACGUAUACUUCGAAGUGUCCUCCACAAACUGCUGGAAAAAAACGGGUGGGGGGAUCCCCCCUUAAGAGAAAAGAAAAAAAACGAGUUUCGUUAUACUUUCUCACUAAAAUGAUACAAACCAAUCAGAAAAGAUGAUAUUUAUUAUUUUCAUUCAAUAACUUAGUUACUUGAAAGUUUCAAGUCGCUUAAUAGAAUUAACUUCUACACGACAUAUGCCUAGUUGAAUGACUUUCAUUCACACUGAAUAAUAUCGAGAGUGUUCAAUGGAUUUUCGAAGAAGUUUAUUUUCACAGAAGAUUUUCAUUUGCACACAACUGGAUCUAGUUACAAACUCAGCGUUGAAGGUUUAUAGAUUAAACGUUUCUUUCCAAAUUAAAUAAAUUUUCAGACUCGUGUCUCGUAUUAAAUGAUAUCGUAAUGUGUAAACAAUACAGUUUGUAUGAAAAGCAUGAAAAACUGUCGGAACAAGUUAAACAUUUUCUAAGCGUAGAGAAUCUUGGCAAUCAGAUACUUCGUCGAUUUCAAACAAAAUUCGAUAAAGUUUAGAACUUGGACUCUCAUAGAUUUACUUUAGAUUAAGGUCAAUCGAUAUACUACAAUUAAAACAUGAAUAAUCAAUCACGAUAUAUUAAUUUUAUUUUGUAUACAUAGUUUCUACAGAUGCUUAUGGUACAGUGGCUUUUCUAUUAACAAUUAUAUUUGUAUGCAUUUCAAGUAUCCUGUUAUUAAAUGUUUUAGUUGCUCUAUUCAAGUAUAUACAUAGCUAAAUGGAAACGUUGAUGUUUAAUAUUGUUAAUUUUUUUUUUCUAGUGUAACUAUUGAAAAAGUUGCCCAUGAUACACGUCAAUCAUGGGCCUAUCAUCGAUAUCAAUUAGUUACUGAGUAUCGACGAAAAUCAUUUUUACCACCACCAUUUAAUGUAUUUCUCUAUCUGUUUGUUAAUCCAUUGUAUAAACAAUAUCAAAUAUACAAAGCAAAUAAUACAAACGUACAUAGUUAUGGUACACUUGAAACAAACAAUGGAUUGGAUUCCAAUCUCAACGGAAUGGUAGUAUUCAACGGUAAUGAUCAAAUAAAAAUCAAUGGUACAAUAAACGAAAUAUCAAUUAAUUUUCAUACGCUACCAACAUCUUCAUAUGAAAUAUUUGUUUAUAUCAUUGAACAUGCACCAAAUGAUCUUGGUCGAUUUAAAUUAAAACAAGAGUUUACAAUUUUAUCUGAUGAUUUCACUCAGACCGAUAGUAUACGGACUGUUAUCAUCAAUGAACGACGUGUUGUUGAAACGGGUCAAUAUAUUGCACUCGGUUUCGAUUCUAAAUCGGGUAGCCCUUAUAACUGUAAUCACAAUGAAUAUUCGGUUGAUUUUAAUUAUUUUCAACAAAUGAAACAGUUUCGAAAAUUAAUAAUAUUUAAAAAUUAUCCACAAAAAGGUGCUACAUUCAGUUUUAAAAUCAAUCCAUUUCCUGUAACAGUUCCUUUAUAUACGAGUGUUAUACCAUUGAUACCAAAUAUUAUUGGAUCAUCUCAACAGAUAUCCGAUCAACAACAAGGAAAGACAACCAUAGAUCGAUUUCAAGAACGUGAUAAAAUGUUACGAGAACGUAGUAUAGCUGAAGAUUAUUGGAAAACAAUUAUGAAAAAGAUUAUUGAGGAAGAGCGACAAGAAUUAAAAAACACUAUAUACAAUCAACAUCAACAAGAAUAA